ACCCUAUUCGGUAAUUCAAUUCCAUCUCCAAGACUCCGACUACAAUCUCGUCACCGGCGCCGCCACCUUCUGUACUAGUUAGCUUCUACUAUUUGAUUCAAUUGCGCCGGGGAUUAUUCAUUGGAAAUCUAAACAAGAAUAAUGGACGGGGAUCUUGAAAUUUCACUAGACAAGCUUCCAAUCAAACGGCUCGAUGCCAUCGAGGAAAAUGGCUUCGAACACUUCCCAACGGAUGUGGGGUAUGAUGAAAAGAGAGUGAACUUGGUGAGGAGGAUAGACUUUGCCUGGGCAGUGGAAAGAGAGGAUCCCAGCAAGAAGCGGAAGAGUGAAGGUGCGAGUGCCAAGGAUGGUGCAACAUCCAGUCAGCAGCAAUGGCAAUGGCAAUGGCAGAGCUUAGUGGAGAAUCUGCAGUUAGCUCACCAAGAGCUCUCCGUCAUAAUUGAUCUUAUUAAUACGGUAGAAGCCAAUGAUGCUGUAACAGUUGCGGGAAUGACACGGCCAAAGCCGUUACCGAAUGAACAUCUAUCUGACCUUGCUGUGUCUACAGCAACUAAGCUACAGUGUUUCCGGGGUCUUGGAAAAUAUUUAAAGCAAUCUGCCAAAGCAUUGGAAGAACAAGUAGCAAGAGAGGCUAGAUUUUAUGGGGCCCUCAUUAGAUUGCAGCAAAAUUGGAAAAUUAAACGACAUCGAUUGGUUGCAGCUGCCUCUGGCAAUGAAGGCUUCUAUAUUGAUUUAUUUGACAGUUCAUUAUAUGAUUUGGCUUCUGUAUUUCGUCCAUCUUCCAUGUCUACAAUUCCCGUUGAGCAUGAUGCAGCUGGAAUGCUCACAGUGAAUGUACCCCGUGAGUCAUGCCACUCUCUUCAGUUUCAGUUUCAGUUUCUUGGACUCAAUCCUUCCUGUAAGUUGACAAGAGCUAGUGAGACAAACACGCAAGAAGAAUCCAAUGGAUCUUCCCCAAUGCCUGUGAAGGAACAUGCAACGGAUGAAGAACGUGUGAGGGCAAUGCAUUUAACCUUACGUGAAGUUCAUCGAGCAAUACAUGAUGAGCAGGUGUUUGAUUUGGUAAACCGUGAAGCAUGUAGUCCUUCAUUGCAUGUGAACCUGACUGGCAUAAAAGAAAAUUAUUUGCGCCUAAGCAUUGGUGAAGGAGCAUCUGUUUCCCUCUCACUCGUCUCAUCCAGUCAAGAUGAUCAGCAAAUAAGUAGUGCAUCGGAAGUAAAUUCUGUAGAAACUUCAAAUGUAGAUGUGGAAUCAUUUGACGAACAAGAUUAUGGAAAAGCUAUUGAUAAAGCAGAGAGAUCAAGGGUCCCAAGACAACUUGGUUUUGAGAUUUAUUUGCGACAAUUAUUUCAUGAGUAUGUGUUUGUCAGAGCAAAAUCCAAAGCCAUGCCUUUAAGAAAGAGUCAAAUUCCUGGCCAGCCAGCUAAGGACAAUUCUAGCGUACUAGGGCAUUUCUGCAUGUCUCUUGGUCACAGAAUAUUCUCAAAUAAGGUCCUGUCUAUGCUGGAAAAUCUGGUUCACAGGACACCGUACGUCCAAUUAUUUUCUCAUCCAACCUGGCACUCUCGGACAUCUUCAUGGACACUUUCAAUGAAGAUUCCUGAAUCCAUCAUUCAUGCUGCUAGCCAAAUUCAGAGACCCGGCACUGGCAACGGGAAGGUUGUAAGAUCCCAGUUCUGGACUAAGGUUGUGGUGAUUGAUGAUUCCAUUAGCGUACAUGGUGAAGGUGCUCCUAAUAUUCUAGGUCUUUUCAAAGGAAAAUCUGAAGCUGUCAGCUCUAUUAAUGGAUACGACUGUGACUUGGCAGAUCUUCCUAUAAUACUUAUUCAGCAGGUUGCUAGCCAAAUCAUCCAGUGGCUGCAUGAGGAAGCUCUCGCAGUCGGCAUCAAAGCAAACAGAGAUUUCUUAUCACUGGCGUUCGAGUUGGAGCAGGGCGAGAUAGCUCGACUGGUGGCACAUGUAGACCCUGAUGAUACCCAAGGUUGCAUCUCUUGGUGGCUCACGAUAGACGAUGGCCUCACCGAGGAACACAAGCUUCGUUCAGACAUGUCCUAUUUUGAGUCGCAGAGAAGGAAGUUCUUAGGCUAUUUGCCUCUUGAUCUCUUGCAUUCCACUUUGUUGGAUUUUCUGAACUUAUGCAGCUAUUGAUAAUUGGUCGUUUAUAAACGAAUUUUUGAUUUACUUAAAAUUUGUGUGUUAUAGUAAAAUGUAAGUAGGAAUAGACAUCAGACAUGUAUCUGUAUCUGUAUCUGUAUCUGUAAAGUACUAAACGUGACAAAUGGGUUUACUAUUUCCUCAUAUAUUAGUGAGUGACAUGUACUUCACGUGAGAGCAUAUGGUGACAGGCAAACAAAAUGGUAUAAUAUGCUUCAUCACAGCUUUAUUUUUUA